AUGGCAGAACAAGUUGCAAGAGCACCUAAGCCGAGACCGUUUUCCGAUAACGAAAAGCUCAUACCGAUUACUGAUCUACCCGAUUGGAUUCGUGAUGCCUUUAAGGGAGCAAAAUCUCUAAAUCGUAUUCAAAGUAAAUUAUAUCCUGUUGCAUUUGGAACGGAUGAAAAUAUAUUGUUGUGUGCUCCAACUGGUUCAGGCAAAACUAAUGUUGCGAUGUUAUGUAUCCUCAACGAAAUGAGUAAGUGGCGCCAAGAAGAUGGAUUCAUAGAUUAUGACAAAUUUAAAGUCGUAUAUAUUGCUCCUAUGAAGGCUCUUGUGCAAGAAGUG